AAAUAAUAUGCACACUUCACACACACACUGAAGGAGAAGAAGCGGCAAUGUUGGCAGCCAAUCCUAGUUAUAGCUUCCACGCCCCUCUUUCCAAACUCAGAGCUUCCAAUUCCAAGAAAUUCAAAGUAAGUUCAAAUUUUUCGUCGCUAGAUUGCUUUCCUCCGAGGAACAGAAUUCACAUUUCAUCCAUUCAGCCAUCAAAUGAUGUUCACCGGACUCAUCCGAGAAAUAGAAAAAACAAAAUUAGCAGCAGCGGCAGCAGCAGCUUGUUCAAUAGGUUUACUAUUGGAGCUUGUUUAGCAGCACAGCCCGACAUUCACAGCGUGGAUGCUCCUCACCAGUCUUUUGCUCCUUACUCAGUUAAAAUUCCCGUCGGUGAUCGUCAUAUACUUGUUGAGACAGGUCACAUUGGGAGACAGGCUAGUGCUGCCAUUACUGUUACAGAUGGGGAAACUGUUAUCUACACAACUGUUUGUUUCAAUGACGAUCCCAAUGAGCCUACAGAUUUCUUUCCUCUUUCUGUACAUUAUCAAGAACGAUUUUCAGCAGCUGGUCGUACUAGUGGUGGGUUCUUCAAGCGAGAGGGGAGGACAAAGGAUCAUGAGGUUCUCAUUUGUAGAUUAAUAGAUAGACCUCUACGGCCCACUAUGCCAAAGGGAUUUUAUCAUGAAACACAGAUACUAUCAUGGGUCCUGAGUUAUGAUGGUUUACAUCCUCCAGAUUCUUUGGCAGUGACAGCAGCUGGGAUUGCAGUAGCUCUCUCAGAAGUGCCAAGUUCUGGAGUUGUUGCUGGUGUCCGGGUUGGUCUUAUUGGUGAUAAGUUUGUUGUGAAUCCAACUACCAAGGAGAUGGAGGACUCUAAACUGGAUUUGUUGCUGGCAGGGACAGAGAGUGCGAUAUUGAUGAUUGAGGGAUACUGCGAUUUCCUGCCUGAAGAGAAGUUAUUGGAAGCUGUUGAAGUUGGACAGAGUGCUGUACGAGCUAUAUGCAUGGAGGUGGAAUCCUUGGUGAAGAAGUGUGGAAAACCCAAAAUGGUGGAUGCAGUCAAAUUGCCCCCUCCAGAGCUAUAUAAGCAUGUUGAGGAAAUUGCAGGUGAUGAAUUAGUUGAAGCACUACAAAUAAAGGAGAAAAUUCCAAGAAGAAAGGCAUUAUCGUCUUUGGAGGCAAAAGUUUUGAACAUACUUACAGAAGAGGGUUUUGUUAGUAAAACUGAAGCUUUCCUUCCUUCUGAAGUGGUGUUGCCUGACUUGGUAGAGGUUGAAGAUGAGGACGAGGAGGUUGUAGUUGAUGGUGAAGUUGAUGAAGGGGAUGUCCGUAUCAAACCUGUCCCGAAGAAGCCCGCCCCUAUGCUAUACUCGGAGGUAGAUGUGAAGCUAGUUUACAAAGAAGUUUCAUCAAAAUUCUUACGAAGACGUAUUGUGGAGGGUGGAAAAAGGAGUGACGGCAGAAAUCCUGAGGAGUUGCGAUCGAUUAAUUCACGCUGUGGAUUACUUCCCCGGGCACAUGGAAGUGCUCUUUUUACGCGAGGCGAAACCCAGUCAUUAGCUGUGGCUACCCUUGGUGAUAAGCAAAUGGCACAAAGAAUAGACAACCUUGUAGAUGAAGAGGAGUUCAAGAGAUUCUACCUUCAGUACUCCUUUCCUCCCUCGUGUGUUGGAGAAGCAGGGCGUGCAGGAGCUCCAUCUAGGAGAGAAAUUGGCCAUGGAAUGCUCGCUGAGAGAGCUCUGGAGCCGAUAUUGCCUUCUGAAGAUGAAUUUCCUUAUACCAUACGUGUUGAAAGCACCAUCACAGAAAGCAAUGGCUCAUCAAGCAUGGCCUCAGUAUGUGGGGGUUGCUUGGCAUUACAAGAUGCUGGUGUUCCAGUCCGGAGUUCCAUUGCUGGAAUAGCCAUGGGGAUGGUCUUGAACACUGAGGAUUUCGGAGGAGAUGGCUCUCCGUUAAUCCUUUCUGAUAUAACAGGGGGUGAAGAUGCGUCCGGAGAUAUGGAUUUCAAGGUUGCUGGAAAUGAUGAUGGUGUAACUGCAUUUCAGAUGGAUAUAAAGGUUAUAGGAAUUACUUUAUCAAUCAUGCGGCAAGCUCUCCUGCAAGCAAAAGAAGGCCGAAAGCAUAUCCUUGUUGAGAUGUCAAAAUGCUCUCCUCCUCCUUCAAAGAAACUCUCAAGAUAUGCUCCGAUUAUUCACGUUAUGAAGGUGAAUCCAGAUAAAAUUAACAUGAUCAUAGGUUCUGGAGGGAAAAAAGUGAAGAGCAUUAUUGAAGAAACUGGGGUCGAGUCUAUUGAGACGCAAGAUAAUGGCGUUGUUAAAAUAACAGCUAAGGACUUGUCAAGCCUGGAAAAGUCUAAAGCCAUUAUUAGCAACCUGACGAUGGUUCCGAAAAUUGGUGACAUUUACAAGAACUGUGAAAUCAAAACAAUUGCUCCAUAUGGAGUUUUUGUCGAAAUUGCACCUGGCCGAGAGGGACUGUGUCAUAUCAGCGAGCUGAGUGCGAGUUGGCUUGCUAAGGCAGAAGAUGCUUUUAAAGCUGGAGAUCGUGUUGAUGUCAAGCUUAUAGAGAUCAAUGAGAAAGGACAACUUCGGCUGAGCCGCCGCGCGCUACUUCCAGAACCUAGCCCAGACAAGGGUAAACUGAAGAAGGCUUCAUCAGCUCCUAAUCUUGAUAUUAAACUUGACGAUGUCGACCUUCCUGAGGAUAGUAGUCCUGAUGUGAAAGCCGUUGUCAGUGACAAAAAUCAGACAGUAGAGGCUAAAACACCUACGGAGGAUAAGUUUGUGAAGAAGUCUAUAAGCACAGGAAAGGAUGCAACUGAAACUAAUAAAAGCAGGUCCAAGAGAACCAGUACCAAAUCUGUCAGUACCCCCAAAACGAGCGAAAGUCCAGUUGUAAAUGGAGAAGCGAAAGUUGGAUAAAAGAACGCCAGGACCUUAUUAUACAUGAGACUGGAAGAUGGAUGAUGCCACUUGUGAAAAGAAAGUGACUGAACUAGUUUUCUGGAUGGUAAGUCGCUACCAGAUGUAAUUUCAGCUUGUUUUUCUCAAAAUCAGGAGUUCUGGCGCGAAAACACCCACCUGUCGAAUGUAAGUAGCAUGCCUCUCCUGCAGAAUGUAAGUAACAUGCCUCAAAUGCAUGAAAAAGGGGCGGUGCUCUGCAUAAUAUAGUUAUGGACAAGGGAUGCCUUUGCUAUCUCGGCACCAUUCAGCUUGAGCUAAACUGCUAUUUUGUCAGCAAAAUUUUGACUGGUCCAGCGUGUUGAUUAUUACAUGUUAGGCUAUUUAUUCAAACAAUACGCUUUUAACUUA